UGUCAAGCGCCUGUUAACCAAGAUCAUGGAAGCUAUUUUUCACGAAAAACAAGAGGGCUCCCUUUGUGCUCAGCAUUGUCUGAAUUCCCUGCUGCAAGGCCCGUAUUUCUCUGCCGUAGAUCUUGCCGACAUUGCCCGACAGCUAGAUGAGACUGAGCGUGAACAAAUGGCUGAGGCAGGGACCAGCUCUGAGGCAUACAGACAAUUUAUGGAGCAACCAUCCCACAAUUAUGAUGACAGUGGGUUCUUCUCAGUUCAAGUGAUAGACAAAGCCCUGCGUGUUAUGGGGUUGGAACUAUUACCCUACAACUCACAGAAUCAUAUGUCCAAACUGGCACAACAAGAUCCUACGUUGAUGAGGGCAUACAUUUGUAACUUUGGUGAGCACUGGCUGACAGUUCGUAAGCUAGGUAACCAGUGGUUCAAUCUCAACUCCCUGUUGACUGGUCCUGAGCUUAUCUCAGACACAUUUCUACACAUGUUCCUGACCCAACUACGACAAGAUGGUUACUCAAUAUUCAUCAUAGUAGGAAAUCUUCAGGAGAGUGAGGCAGACCAACUGUUGGGUCUCUGUCCUGCCAAUCAGCCGGUCAAGCCCCGCCUAAUAUCUGAAAAGGGAAAGCGAGGAGUGGGUCAAAAUGAGAUGCACAAUGGGGAACAAGAAGAAGAUGUGCAGCGGGCGCUUGCUGAAAGCAAGCGUCUCAACGAAGUUGAUGAUGCCUCAUUGCAGAAGGCACUGCAGCUUAGUAUGGAAGGCUAUAUAGAAGAGUCAAUUACAAGGAUGGAAACAACACCUAACUGUGAUACCAAGAAAAUGAACAAUCAAACAUCCACUAAACAAAAACAGCAAUCCACCAGUACCUCUGGCCAAUCACAGACACCAGGCUACACUCUAGCUGGUGCCACCACAUCACAUGAUUGUGAGGGAGGAGCCACUGGGUCAUGUGACCAGGCAGGUGUUAGCAAAGAGCCAAAUGCAGAUGAGAUUAGGCAGAAAAGACUGGCUUUUUUGCAGAAACUUGGGACAUUUGGUAAUUCUAAUGAUGGAAAUGAUUUAAUAAGGAAUGGUGAUGAAAGUAAGAAAGACAUUGAAACUUCUGUUAAAUCGGGUGAUAAUGCUGGUGCGUUCUCAUGUGAUAUAGAAAAUACCAGUGUUGAAGGGAACACAGGAGAGCUGACAGAGGAAGAGAUGUUGAAUCAAGCCAUUGUCAUGUCCAUGAGCCAGAACACUUAGCCACUGUAGAGGACAACCCAACUCUUGAAUAUCUCCCUCGUCUUUCACUCUCAUGUGCCUUAAGUCUUCAGCAAUGUUGGUCAUUUGAUAUAAUUUUGUUUGUAUCUACAACUCAGUAGUCUUAAAUUUCUACUGGGCUUGAGAAAUUGUUACAACCCAUGCUCACUGUGUGGGAAGGGACACCAGAUAUAGCUCAAAAAGUGAUAAGUAAAAGACAAUUAUGCAGUUAUUUUAAUUUACCAGAGGUAAGAUCUUGCUGUGUUAACGCAUAUCUACCGUAUCCACAAAUGAAGCAAGUGUUUGAACUAAUAGCUGAAUGCUUAAUUUGGCCUAUGGUAUACUUUAAAGUGCUUACGAUUUAGCAGACCUCAUAAAAUGUUUCUUCAAAUCUGAGAUGAUCACCUCAAAACUAAUUGAAUUUCGACAAGUAUUGAUAUUUUUAAGAAAUAUAUCGAAUAAAUAAAAAAUCUGAAUCAAAGGAUUUCACAAGAAUAAGCUCAACUAUUUUUAUUGUAAGAAAUGGCAAUGUAACUUUUAAACUGUUAAAGAUAUGCCCUUAGAAAUGUCCACAGUACUGUACUGGGGAUAGCCGUAUUAUGUACUGGGGAUAGUUUAAAAGUUGAGAAAUGUGUGUCCUGGUGAUAACAUGUAAAAUGGGACAAAAAUUGAUAGUAACACUGUUAAUAUACAUUAUACAUGUAUAUGUCUAUUUCAAACUUUUAAAUAAUCAGCAAAAAGUGAGAGUACAAUUUGAUAAGAAAUUAUUGAGCAAACUUUAGUUAACAUGAGUUUGAUCCAUGCUCUCCUAAAUGAACGUAUAUAUGCAAGCUGCGUAAAUAUCAGGGUUGGUCACAAUACAUUCUUUCUCACUGAAGUGAACGAGCAGAGACCAUUAUUCUGUUCUAAGUAAUACCAACAUCGACCCAAGCUUAGAAAAAAGGUUUACGUGUUCUAAAUUUGAUCACAAUAUCUCAUUCCGGUAUUUCCCUACUGGUGACUUUCUGUUUGCAAAAACGUACCUACUUGAUUUACAAAGCAAUAUUAUAUAUAUGAAUAGCAAACACCACAUACAUUAUACGGCCAUAUGUUUUGUGUUACUCAAUAAAUUAGAUUACCGGCGUAUUUCAAAUAUUUAGAUAUUGAUGCUUGUGAAAAAUACAUCAUGGUUGACUAAUAUGUAUGAAUGAAACAGUUUUAAGUGCAUACAGAUACAAAGAACAACAACAUGUUUUUGCUCUCAUCCCUCGAUAUGGACAACCUCGAACACUUUCCGUAAUCAUUAUCACAGUCUCGUUUUUCUUAAUACAUCAUUACUAUCCUCAGUCCACUUAAUAGCUAUCCCCUGUGCAGUUAUUUAUUUGCUUUUUCUAUCCACAGUACACUGCCAGGGCCUCAAAAGGUAUGAAUAUCUCCGUUACAGCAAAAGAUAUCAUAUUUAUAUUUUACACAUUACUAGAUUAUGUAAUUACAAUGAAAUUGCUCGAUUCAGUUUUUAUUCUUAUUUUCAAUUUGUUGAUUUAUGUUUGAAAUCGUACCACAUAAAUGAACAUUUGUGAGUGAUCAUUCAACUUUCGGCGAGAAUUGUGCUAUUAUACAAAAGAGGAGACACAUUUCCAUCAUAGUCGUAUAUUGCACAGUAUCAAGUAAUUCAAAACUCUUCGAUUUUGUUAAAUAUAUCACCAUAAAAUACAAAAAAAUGAUAGAAAACUGUCCAUGUGUCAAAAUCAAACGCUAAUCGAUUGAUCACUUUUUGAGCUAUAUCCGGUGUCCGUUCCCACACAGUGAUGCUAUUUAAAAUUCAUUUUACGAGUAUGGACUUGGAGUGUUUCUGAUAACUGCAAUGUAUACAACCGUUGUCUAGUUAUUUGGUAUUGCAAUUAUUUGUCAUGAUGAUGUUAAUUCACAUGUUGUAUUAAAUUUUAGCCAGAUGACAAUAUUACUAAAACUAUGAUUGCAUUAGACAUGUUCUCAGGUAGGGGUGACAAAUGCUGCCAUUGCAGUUUCAGGCACCAAUGGUUAUGAUUGUUAUCAAAAUAAUUUAUUUAAUACUGUUGUUUUUUAUGCUUGACGCUUGGCACAUUAAAAUCGCACCAUCCGUCCGUCUGGCUCAAUUUCUUUCUCAUGUAUGGACAGAUUUUUAAAUGACUUGCCACAUGUGUUUGACGUGUCUUUGCACGACCUGUGUCCCUACCUCUAAGGUCAUGGCACCUAGAGUUUGCUAACAAAAAUAUUUAGUUCACAUAACCAUUCAAAAUCAUAACUAGUCUUAUAAGAUCACAGAAAACACCUGCUUCAGAAACAUUUACCUAACUUUGUGCAUUGUUGAAAAUUCGAAAUUAAAUUCCAUUCAGGCUCAUUAUUGCCAAAAUGCUUGGCUCUUGUGACUAUAAAGAUGUAAGAAUGUCAGCGGUUUACAGCAAAAGGAACUUUGCUUUUCAAGAUCAAUGGUAUAAUUGUGUCAUCAGAAUGUGUGUCGUUUAUGAGUCCAAUUUUGAUUCCUUGUAGAAUAUUACUGUUCAACCAUUUUCUGUACAGAAACAUCAUAACAUGUGUUAAGGUGGAUUAUAUAGUUUAUAUUGAAACAUUGUUUACAUAUCUAGACUUGUGUCUAAAUUUAUUUACACCUACAGAGUAAAUUUUUUUUAGCUCCCUUAAGGGAUGAGCAUAAAGUGGUGUCUUUGUCUGUCUGUCCUGCUGUCGAACCAUUACACCCUUGUCCAGAAAAUAACUUCAAAACUACUGAUAGGAUGGAAAUAAAAAGUGGUAUAUAGAUAGAUGGGAAAGACAGUGCACAAGAAUCAUAAUCUUAUCAUGCAUAUUUCUCAAGUUAUUGUCCCUUACCGGUAAUCAUUUUUUUCGAGCCCACUUGAGGUGAGUUUGACAUAGCUGUCACAAUGGCAGUUCCAUGUAUGUGCAUGUGUCAGUGUGUGUGUGUGUAAGUGUGUCCGUCCGGUCUGAACCUUUUCCAGGGUGUAUCUUGACCGUGCAUUACAGGAUUCUCAAAAAACUUGCCAUUAAGGUUUACCUUGAUGAGGUGGUGUGUCACCCAGAAGAUUUACAAGGUUGAAUGUCAAAAUGAGUACUGUUGAUAGGACUGCUCUGGACUGAACCUUGUCUGGGGUGUAUCUUACCAUGCAUUAUAAGAUUUGUAAAACACUUGCCAUGGAGUUUCACCAUGAUGAGACGGAGUGUCGCAGGUUCUGUAUGUGUGUGUCUGUAUGUCCGUCCUGACUGAACCUUGUGAAGGCUGUAUGUAUUCUGUGUUGCAAUUGCAUGGAAGAGCAUUAUGUCUGUGUCAAAGGCUCUUUCAACGGGCUCGACAUGUCGCCAUUUGGCAUCUAGUUUCAUAAUUGGUGCUUUUCCGGCCCUUAUCUAGGAAAGUACUAAAGGUAUUUAAAUGAAACUUUAAAUAUUGAUAGAUGGCGAUGAGAGGAGAUGCAGUGCACAAAAAGUUUCCCCUAAAAACUACAUAUUUUUGCAUGGUAUGAACUUUUUCAACUUGAGUACAAUAAUGCUUCAAUCAGCUUCUACAAGCUGAAAAGGGGUGUUUGGGGAGCAUCCAUCGCUUCUAGCGAUCUCUUGUGUUCAGAAAUUCAUUUACAAGUCCUUGAGUGAUCUUGCUCACACAUAACUUUUCAAUUCCACAAUGUGAAUGAUUUAAUAAAUGCCCCAGACCAGAAUGUUAAAAAACACUAGAAUUUAAUAAUAAAGUCCAUUGUACAAAUUCCCAGAGAACCAAAAUAUUCAAUCAUUUACGGGAGACUAUAAGUACCUUCCAUGGCCGAGAGUUCAUUCCGACCCGAGCGUAGGGUGUUUUGCGGAAACGAGGUUUACCGAGUUUCCGCAAAACACUCUGCGCGAGGGUCGGGAUGAACCUAUCUUACACGAGCGGCUAUGGUAGAUGCUUUUUCUCCCACCGCAUUUAAACAAAAUUAAGUAAAAAUGUAUUUUUUUGCCGGAACUCUUUUGUGCUUAGUGAAAAUAAUUGCGUAUGCAUAUGCAAUAAUUCGUGGUUGUCAUGGAUAUUCGCGCAGUGAUUCAGUGUAUGUAAAUGGUCUGAUCGGUCUUUAAAUAGUUCUAAGAAGAAUGAAGCAUUAUUUCUUGAAAGGUGCGUGAACACUGUUUCCUGGUGACAUUUGAAGCGAGAAAUAAUUAACUCGCGUUCUAAAUAUUGCCACCAGACAAGGUUUCCAUGAUGCGCUACAGACGACAGUCUUCAACAAGGGAGGUAAUUACAAUGUGGUGACCAUUAAAAGAAGUUCCAUACGGGCAUUUUAUAUUUGCCGGUGGGCAAGAUAAGAAUUUCUAGCAUGGUUAAAUUAAUGGAUCUACUUAUCUGAGGUGGGAGAAACACCUUUCUUUAUGUUAUGUGUUCAAUUUUUAUCAUUAGAAAUGUCGAAAGUAAUAUUCUUAAUGAAAUUAAACAUUCAGCCUUAAUUUCAAAAAUUGUCAUAAAAGAAAAACAAAAUGCAUUAUGUUCAUUUUCUGCCAUGUAUAAAUGAAACCAAUUGGGACAAGAGCAAAUGUUAACAAUUUCUUCAUUUAUUAUGAUGGUUAAUAUGACUUCUUUUAGUGAACUUUAGUUAAAUUGCUUCUUUCAUAAAUAUUCUUGUAAAUGACAGAAUAGCUCUGUAAAUGUUUAAGGGUUUCAUUAUGGAUAUGAUUUGAUGAAAACUCCAUAUAUUAACAUCUUUUGUGUUUGAAGAAGUAUAAACAUUUGCCAAUUUGCAAAUGGGUUGUUUUUGAUAAUGUGUACACCUGAAAAUAUCUUAGAAAUGUUGGGCCAAAAUGGUUUUUAAUAAUAAUUAGGUAUACAUUAUAUGUGUUUUAAUAUCUAAUAUUCUAUUCCAUACUCUGUUUAUAUUUCUUCAGACUAAAUAUUCGUGAAAGUCCAAAUAGUAUUAAAUAUAUGAUUUUUGUGUCCCAUAAAUGAUCAUUUUGUCUCGUGUAUAACUAAAAUUCUCUAUUUGAUGGGCUUGAAAACAAAUAAAACAAACACAUCUUUCUGGUUUUUUUGUCUGAGAACUUUGGCAUGCACUGAGGGAUUUUAAAAUUACUUAGCACAUGUUUUCAUGACAUAAAGACAAUGUGUCGCAAGCAAGACACCCUUACCAACCUUAAGGUCAAAGUCACACUUUGAAGUUUAUCAUUGAAGGAAUGCUGCAUAUAUGCAGAUAGAGUCUAGUUGGUCGUUCCCAACGUGUUACUUUGUUAUGCAUGGAGAGACUUUAAAAUAAAUGGCACAUGUGUCCAAUACAUAAAAGUGAUGUGUAUGGAGCUAGACCCUCGACUCUACCCCAAAGUUCGGGGUCAGAGUUCAAUCAUUAAAGAAUGCUGCGUGGAUGCAAUUCAAUAUGAGUAUAGUAACUUUUUGUCAUGUCCAGGCUGUUACUUAAUCAUGCAAAUGGGAUUUUAUAAUGAAUUGGCAUGUGUUCUUUACAAAAAGUGACACGGAAUGUGUCACGUGCAAGACCCAAGUCCCUACCCCUUACUUUUUCACUUCAUUGGCCACACUUACCAUCAUGGGGUCAGGCAUAUGCUUAUAGUUAAUGUUAGCUUUUCCUUAAAGUAUGCAUAGUAGCAAUCUAUUCAAGUGGUUGGCACUUCAGGGGCAUUCAUCACUGAUUGUGACAGCUCUUGUUAUGAAGAGACCUUAUUUCAUAUUCUCAUUUAUCAGAGGUUUGACAAUAUUUAAUUUAGUGUCAGAUUUGGUGUACGAGAAUGAUAACUCGAAAAAUGACAUAAGAGUUGUAAAAUAUGGCAAACUACCUAUUUGUCACCCCUAAUGUGAGAAUGCAUCAACUAUUAAACUUAAUGAAUGUCAGAUAAAAAAAAAAGUGAAAAAAAUAUAAUCUUGUUCAUAACUUAAAAACUUUUAUGAAAUUCACAUUGAAUUAAGUACUCAUGUUACCAGUGACAUUCAAAAUAUGCAUGUGUGUAUGCAAGGCCCAUAUCUUUUGCUAUUAUUUUUAUUUGGUUAUGACCCUUGAAUUGCUGAAAAAAUUAUAUGUCUUGGUUAUCAGUUUGCUUUUGUGAAUAUCAAAUCUGUAUGUUGGUCAUGAUAGGAUGUGCUUCCAGUUUAUUAAAGGAUUUCUGCUGGUUUAUAGAAAUGUAAAAGUGGGAUAUAAGAACUGUUUUGACAUUAUGUCUCCCCCAAUAUUGUUUUUGCGCUGUCUUGUCAGUCCAUACCUCACACUUCAUUUCUGUUUAAUAACUUGAGAACGCUAAGACCAAGGAAUUUCAUACUUGGUAUUCAGGUUGAUUAUGACCAGAAGAUAACCCCUAUUGAUUUGGGGGGUUCAAAGGUGAACUUAAGGUGAAAAAAUGGUUUCCCCUUAAUAACUAAAGAAUGCUUGCACCCAGGUAUUUCAUACUUGGUCAUGACUAGUUGAUGACCCCUAUCGUUUAGGGAUCAGUAGGAUUAACGUCAAGGUCACAGUGACCUUGAAGGGAAAAACAAUUACCAAUAAUAACUAAAGAACAGUUGCACCCAGGAACUUCAUACUUGGUAUGCAAGUUUGUCAUGACUUAGCAUAUUGCUCCUGAUUUUGGGAUCAGUAAGUCAAAGGUCAAGGUUGCAGUGAGCUCGAGGUGAAAACAGUUCCGCUGAAUAACGAACGAAUGCUUGCACCUAGGAACUUUAUACUUGGUAUGCCAGUUAUUCAUGACUAGUUGAUGACCUCUUUUGAUUUUGGGAUAAGUAGGUCAAAGGUCAUAGGUCAGUGUGACCGUUAGGUAAAAGAAUGGUUUCUGCUCAAAUUUUACAGAAUGCUUACACCCAGGAACUUCAUCCUUGGUAUGACAGUUGACAGUUGUCCUGACUAGUAGUUCACCCCUUUUGAUUUUCAGGCCAGUAGGUCAAAUGUCAAGGUUACCUUGAGGUAAAAUAACAGUUUCCGCUAUACAACUAAAGAAUGCUUAGGCACAGUAAUUUCAUACUUGGUGUGCGAGUUUGUCUUGAUUAAUAGAUGACCCUUAUUGAUUUUAAGUUCAAAAGGUGACUGUUACCUUCAGCUGAAAAACAAUUUGUUGCUUCACCAGUCCGUACAUCACACUUCUUUCUGCUCAUUAACUAAAGAAUGCUUGGACCCAGGAACUAUAUACUUGGACCCAGGAACUUCAUACUUGGUAUGCAGAUUGUACAUGACCAGUAUAUGACCCCUAUGUUUGUUCUUCUCCAGUCUAAAAGUAUAAAUUUUAUGACCAUCAUUGAUUAUAUCUCACCUUCGACCACACAAUGGGGGAGACAAGCGCUUUUUCAAAUCCAAAUCAAACGUCAGUGUCCACACAGCUAGAACAAAAUAUUAAUGACAUAAUUUCAGAAAUGAGUUUGAAGCAUACAAUAAAAAGAAUUAUUGUUUCAAUGAGAUAUCAAUUUAAUAUAUUUUAUCUUGUUAACACUAAAAAAAUUAUACUUUCGAAAUUGAUAUUCUACUGAAACAAAAAAUUAAUCUCUAUGAAUUGCUACUGUGUUCUUUGUAUAAAGUACAAUUUAUUUCUAGUAUUAUUUACAUGUAAGUAUUUGUGAUUGUUAUGUAGCUGUUUACAUUCAAUUGUUUCAUUAGUUUGCUCAUCAUAUACUGUUAAAUCAAGAUAAUUACUGUAGACUCCAUUGUUUACUCAUAGAACUUUCAUGUUAUUGAAAUGUUAAUUUACAUUGAAGUGCUUGCCAUAUGUUCAAUGUUUAAGUAUGCACCCUUUGAAAAAGUAGUGGUAUAUUGCUUUGCACAUGUUGGUUGGUCGGUCAGUCAGUAGACAAAAUCUUGUCCAAUUCAUAAAUAGAGAAUACUUGGGCCUAAGGUCUCAUACUUGGUAGAGAGGCUGGUAAUGACCAGCAAAAUGACCCCUUUUGACUUGAGGUCAGUAGGUCACAGACAUGAUGACCUUGAACACAAGAGUCUUGUCUGGUUGAUAACUAGAGUAUGCUUUGGCCUUAGGUCCUCAAACAUGGCAGGGUGGUUAGUCAAAACCUGCAGAUGACCCAUAUUGAUUUGGGGGUUAGCAGGUCAAAGGUUAAGGUCACCAGAUUGACCUGUCAUGGUCAUCUUUCAAAACAGGUAUUUAAAAAUAUUAUAAUGAUUAAUAAAAAUAAUGUUUUGCUUGAAAGUUCCAAGAAAUAGACUAUUGUUGUAUUAUUUUAAACAUAUUGGUUUCCACUUCAAUUGACCAUUAAGCAACUAUCUGUAUAUCAGCAUAACUAGCAUUGCCCAUAUUCUUAACAAACUUGAUGGUGGCCAUCACCUUAAAUUUCCCCGCAGACAUUUAAUGUGAGAUGACUGAUUGACUGCCAUUAAGGGGGCAUACAGGUUCCUGUUAAUGUUCAUCUUAAUCCUGUUUGAAUUAAAGUUCUUCAUUUACAACAUUGUUUCUGUCAUCAUUGUUAACGUGUUAAUCUUUACUGCUCUGAAACUGACACAUUUGUGAUCUGCAGUAUUCCAAACUUGUUUCAUCUGUAGUUGUUUUAUCUAAAACACAUCAUGAAAUAGUUCACAUUUAAACAACAACGCAAAAGAGAUAUUUCAUUCAAGAUAAAGAACAUGCAUACCAUUCAUAGUAUGUCCUUUUCUCUUCGUACAUUGUUAAUGAAUUGAACUUACUUUAUGAACAUCAGUUUACAAACUAUAAUACAUGCAAUUCAAUUACUGAGUGUCUUUCAACUCUAUAGGUUUUAUUUUGUUGAAAACCUGUUUAAAUUGAGUCAUUCAUUAAACCCCAAUUUUACAGUUGUAAUACUUGAUCUAGUAUUUUGGAAAAUAAUUCAUCAAUUAUUGUAGACUAAUAAAUUAUUGUUGACAUUUCAUGAUAGUGUGGCAAUUUUGUAUCAAUAAAAAGACAUAGUAACAGCCUA